AUGGAGCAAGCGUGGCUAGAUUCUCUCUCCGAGGAUUGGGUUUCUCAGCCUCGAUCAGGAUCUCCAGUGCAAUCAUUGCCCUCUCUAUCAAACAGCACAUCAGACACCUCCCAAGCUCGCGUCGCAUCAAGUCGCAUACCAAAAUACAAUCCCCAGAAGCGAUCAUGGACAGCCGGGCAGGAUAGCGCGAACAGUCCUCUGAGCGAACGAAGUCUGAACGAGAAUAACAUCCCGCUAUCACAACGCAAUCUACAGCAUCCUUCAAAACUCCGCGAGGUAACGAAUGGGACUCGUGGCCGACGUCUUUCUCGAACCCUUUCGGCUUCGACUACACAGUCUGUACAAUACCAUACCAUUCAACAUAAAUCCGCCAGCUUGUCUCCUCAAAAGGGUAGAAAUGAGACGCCCGAAUGGAAAAGACGGCUCAUACAUGGAGAGGUUGCUUACGGUGAGCAACGUGACCUCUUCAGCCCGGCAGGCCUUGAGAAUAUUUUCCGUCCACCCCCAGCACAAUCGCCCACCAAACUAGCCCUAGCAGACUUCGAGGAGGGCAGUGUCGCCAUGCCAUCAAGUCCGCCUCCAUACAAUUUCGACCACAAAACUCUGCGCAAGGAUGAUCAGGCUGCCGAGGAGCAAUCUGAUGAAGGGACCAAGAAUCGCCAGCAACCGCGGGUUAUGAAAUAUAAAUUGGCGGACGAAUGCGAGAGCGAUUUUUCAGCUAACGAUUUAAGUCGAAGCAGUAGCUUCCAGCUGACCAAAUUGAAGUUUCAGAGCCAGCAAGGAGUGGCUGCCCAUUCGGACAACACUUCUGACGCUGCAUCCUCCGUGGUUCGACAUGAAAGGCGCGUCGAUGAAGCCGGACGAACUGUCAGUGGUCAAAGUGACAUUCGGAACGAGGAACUCAGUCCAAUAUAUAUUGGAAGACACAACACCACUGACGGAAAAAUCGACUAUACAGCACUGAAUCUUCCCGCUGAUGAGCUCCAGCGCCGGCUCGAAAACAUUCGAGAAGAAAGUUCCUUCUCAUCUGAACAAAAUCAGGAUGCCUUGUCGGAAGAUCUUCCAGCAGAUAUGACGGUCGACACUGAUGAUUACGCACACAAUGGUCGCUUUGUCAAUCUCCGGAGAGGGGGACGAUCCCAAGAAGGCUCUUUCCAAAAACGUAUGCUAAGCCCUUCCUCGCUCCCGGCCAUCGACGAAUCAGCCCUUUUACCAGAGGAGUCCAUGCAAGCCAGCACCCCGAAGCAACUUCCAAAUAUUAAGAAGACAAGAGCUUCGAACGAGCACAAUCAGCCUCCAUUACCCCCUCGAUCGCCACAACCGCCACGUGCAGCUCAUCCUAGCCCAACCAAGUCAACGAGCAGAGAGCAGAAAAAUCCAUCCGGCAGCCCCUUAAAACUUUUUGGAACAUACGACACCUUCACGAACCAGACCCUGUUGCGAAGACUAAGUCAAUUUGAGGGCAACAGUAGCGGUGAAAGCGAUGUUAAUAUUCCCUCGUCUACGACUCAUGAAUCGACACAUCCCGAAAUGAAUGAAGCAUUUGUAGCAGCGUCAAGUCCAAAAAAGGUCUCGCAACGGAGUCAUGCUCACCGGCAGACAUCAAAGAUUAACAACUUCGGUGGAGGAGAUCUGAACAGUUUCCAGUUCAGUGAAGAAGUGUCAUAUAAUUCAAGUCGAUCAAAUGGUGAUGAAGACAAAGAAAACAUGACAUUGCCAGUCCUCAACCCAGAUACUCAAACCACUUUCAGAUUUCAGCUUGAGCCUUCACCAGCUCUUGACGAUGAAGUGAUCAUCGAGCGUCGGGCCAGACACACCAACACAAUAAGCACAAUGAAGCAUACCAUCAGCGUUCGCACGGUUGUACGACCAGAUACGAGUAGUUCAGACCAACCUUCUGAGUUGCCUAAUUCUCAAAGAAGAGAAGAUCUUCAGACACCAAGAAAGAGGAAUGGAAAUGGAGAUACAGCAGGCAAGAGGCUACCAAAAACUCCAUUGAAAGAUCCUACGCCCAAACGUCGGCGAACCCUGCACAAAUCUGAGAUUACCUAUGAGGAUGGGAAGGACUUGGCUGAAGAUCUCGAUUCUUUGGUCGAGACUCAUCAGCAUAUGCAAUCUGUCAUUGGAAGAAAGCGAAAGGAUGCUAGGCACGACAAUGACCAGCAAGCAGCAAACCCAACAGUCCUUGCAAUGCGCCAAAUAUUACGUCCACGUACGCCAACUCCGAGUCAACGAAGCAGCCAGCAACACGGCCGAACCCCUCUUCAGGAGAUAGAUCCCACGUCGUCAGAAGAUGUCCGGUUGCUGCAAGAGAAGAAGAUUGCCAAGAUACAAGCAGAGCUUGAUUCUACGGAACCCCUCAAGGCGUCUACAGCUUUGGGCGCGAGCCAGCAAAUGCAGGCUGAUAGUCGGAAAGGUUCUGUCACCACGCAGGACUUUCUUGAUGAGGCAAAGAAAAUUAUGGCAGGCAUCCGAGGCAAAGCAAGACCACACAGUGGCCUGACAAGUCUGGAGGAGUCUGAAUCUGAGAACGGCCAAAAUCAGUCUGUUGAAGUCGGUGUUGCAGAGGUUGAGCAUGAAGACUCUUACCAGGAGUCUACCAAGGAACCCUUUUCCAGGCCGCCAAGCCGAGAAGGCGCGCCUGUGGCCAGAUUGCCAAAAAAACAGGAGGAUCCCGCUCUGCUCGAUCAUCUUCGCAAGUACCAGGAAAUGAGUGAUAUGGACGAGGUGAUUGCUGAGUCUAUGAAGUCUAUUGCGAUGGCUAGAGAGGCUGCAGACGCUGCGAAGGCUAUUGAUCGCAUAACAGAUGAGACAAUCUCGAGGAGAUCUGGCAGGUUACUGAGCACAAACGACGGAAUUGAGAGCGACCCGCCAAAUAUCCGCAUUUCAGAGAAUCCCGACCUUCAGCGCAAGCGGAAACAUUCAACGUCAUCUAUACCUCCUGGUGAUGAGGAACAGCACCAAGCUGAAUUCCCUUCUCAUGGAUCAAAUACAUCAUCCGGUCAAUCAACGUCCCGCUCAAUCCCCACAGGAUCGUCAAGAGGGUCUGAUUCUCGCCGAGUAAUUGCUCCUCACACGGUCUCACAUCUCAUCCCCGAGCAAGUUGCAGGCAUGGUCUUUGAUCGUGAGCGGAACAUUUGGGUCAAGCGAAAGACAAUCGCGGGUGAAAAUGCAGGAAAGAAUUUUCUGCCAUCAGAUGAGACAGAGGAUGAUCCCUUUGGAGAUAUUCCAGAUCUAUCGGUUGAUGAGACCCAAGAAUUGCAGAGAAUCAAGGCUGUUGCUGCGAGGCGGAGAGAAGCUGCUCGAGUCGCACAGGAGCAGGAUGACCAAGACCAUCUCAAAACCAUGGACAGGGCAGCCCAACUCGAAGAAGCCGAUUUUGUAAGAGACAGACCAAGAAUCAAGAACAAUGAGCCAUCCUCGUCAGAGCCUUCAAAGCUCACGCAGUUUACCUCCAGCGGAGGUACAGUCCCAGAGAGCAAUACCAGGGCAACCUCCUGGGGAGACGAUCAAGCACCUUUAGCGAAACUUGCGCCUCAGACGACUCAAAGCACAACGGAAAGGGUUGUCGAAGAAGUCGAGAGGGAGAUAUCGAUUCAUGAGGAUCGAGUUGAUUCAGCAAGCCCACAACGUCGCAACGUUACGAUCUCUUUCUCAUCGCCUCUAGCGUCGGUCAUCCAGACUAAGAAGUAUGAGGACGAGAGUAGCUUUGAUCGUGAGGCAGAUGAAGCCAGCCCGUCCGACGACGACGACGAUUUUGGCAAUGGGAGCCUGGUCAUUACCAAGGAAGAAAACAGCAAGAAAGCAGGCUCGACAAAGAGUCGAUCCUUUUAUCGUAGUGCAUCUCGGCGACUCAGUCUUGGCGGUCAUAAGUUUUCAGUUCGGCCUGUAUCUCGAAUUGAUGAGCAAGACGAGGACUCAAUCAACAAAGACGACGAGGAUCGAAAUCGAAGAAGUAUCAGCGUCGUCGUUUCUACGCCUGCGCCCCCAAGGCAUGAGGCAAGCGUUGUUUUGGCCACACCUCAUCCAACCCACGAAGUUGGGACUCUCACACUUACGCCGCUUUCCGAAUUUACGGUUCAUAAUUCUGAUGGGUCAUUCGGUCUCGACGUGAGUUAUGUUGCUCAAAAACAGCGCUACGUGCAUGGGAGUAACACGCAGAGGACGUUGUCGCUUUCCAUCAAGGAGCUAGUGGAAAAGCUCACAGAAGCCGAGCCCUACGAACCAUUUUGGGAGCACAUGAAAAUGGUAAACUUAAAAGGGAAACAGCUCACGAAUUUGCACAAACUCGACGAAUUCUGUGAGCAGCUCGAAGACCUUGAUGUGUCCCGCAAUAAAAUCAGCCAGGGUCUGCGUGCAGAUAAUAACCAAAUCAAGUCACUGGAGGGAAUCAGUCAACUUGAUGGACUGCUCACCCUUCGAAUGCGCGGAAAUCUGGUCGAGACCCUUGAUUUCAGCGGGGCUAAGCUUCAGCGGUUGACGGAUCUGGACCUUCGGAACAACAAGCUUACCACAGUACAAAAUCUUGAACAGCUUCGUUCACUCUCGACUGUCGACUUAGAGGAGAACAAACUCACCCAGUUUUCCUUGAGCGAUCCUGCUUUGCUUUGGUCUCUAAAGUAUCUUCGGCUUAGCGGGAACAAUUUAGAGUCCAUCGAUGUUAGCAGAUUCCCAAAUCUCCGCCUCCUCUACCUUGAUCGCAAUCGUCUUGGCAAGGUAACGGGCCUACUUAAAACUACGCAUCUGGACAGCGUCUCUCUGCGAGAACAGCAAACAGGCUCUAGGAUUGAUAUGUCAUUUCUUGCCGAAGCUUUUGAAGUCCGCAAGCUCUUCCUCUCAGGAAAUCUUCUCGACACAUUCGAACCUCAGGUCGAUUUCCUCAAUUUGCAGUAUCUAGAGCUUGCCAACUGUGGACUGCGGUCGCUCGCUCCAGGAUUGGGUCGGAUGAUAUCCAAUACCCGGAUACUGAAUCUCAAUCUCAAUGCCCUACAAGAUCUCAGUCCUCUCGUGGGAAUUGUCCGACUGAAGAAGCUUCAUCUAGUCGGUAACCGCAUCACGAGAUUGAGAUCGACAACCUUCGUUCUAAAACACUUCCCGAACUUGACACUGGCAGAUAUGCGAGGCAACCCUCUUACGCUUGGUUUCUAUCCUCCUCUAGUCGAGAUGCGAGUGAUCCUUACUGAUGGUUCUGGAGAUGAUCAUCAGUCUGAUGCUCCUGAUCCGUUCACACAGGGAAGUGCAGACAGGGCCAAAGAUCGGAAAUAUGUCGAACGCCUCGAUAUGAACACGAAGAUGUUAAGGAGAGUUUACGAAAUGCUAAUCUUUCUUGGAAAUCCACGUCUUAAAAUUAUGGAUGGUUUGACCGUCGAUCGUUCAGUGACACAGCUCGAGGACGAAGUUUGGGAAGCCUUACUUGCGAAUGGUGUUUUGGUACGGCCGGAUCCAAAUGAGGCUCAACAUGAAGAGGCGUUUUCCGAACCGGGUGCUACUGGAAAUAUGGGUCAUGGCGCCGGUGAGCAGGAAGAAGCGCUUUCGGAGCCCAUUGAUGCUGGGAAUCCAGAUCGAGGUGCUGGCCAGCAAGAAGAGGAGGCGGUUGUCAGGCGGGGAUGUGAAGGUCAACACGUAAACCCCAGAAGAAGGCGAGGUGCAGACGACAGUUCCGGUGACCUUGUCGGAGGUUGUGGAUGUGAGAAUAGCAAGACCGAUUCCCAUACUUCAACCCCAACAUUGCAAAAUGUCGGAAGGGGAAAAGAAGAAGACGAUCCUAUUCUUCCAUCCUGA